GCGGAGCGCGCGGUGCUGACGCGGCAGCGGCGGCCGGGCCGGACCGGGCCGAGCGCGGACAUGGUGGCCAAGCAGCGCAUCCGCAUGGCCAACGAAAAGCACAGCAAGAACAUCACCCAGCGAGGGAACGUCGCCAAGACCUCGAGAACGGCCCCGGAGGAGAAGGCGUCGGUCGGGCCCUGGCUGUUGGCUCUGUUCAUCUUCGUGGUCUGCGGAUCAGCCAUCUUCCAGAUCAUCCAGAGCAUCCGGAUGGGAAUGUGAGGGGCCGGGUUCGGGCCGUGCCCGCCGGCCCCGGGGCCGCGGCGGCUGCCGAGGAGCGGCGCGCGGCACCGGCCGUGUCGCAUUCCAGGUCCCUUCACGAGUCAUUCCGAGUUUUCUAGCCCGUGCCACAGUGCCUUGAACAGCACCACAUGUAUAAAGCAAUAAAAGUCUGUUGUUGAUCUACAA